AGCAAUUAUUCGUAGAAAUAUUGAAGGAAAUUUGAAAACUGAAAAAUAUAUAAAAACAUUUACAAAUGUAUGCAUAUAAAUAACAAACCCAAGAUAGCAAAUACCUACAUACAUAUAUUUUCGAACGAGACAUUUUAUCGUAGCGCAAGAUGUUGAACUUACUGAAAUCCAAGAUACUGAUGUUAACCUCGCCAAAGGUCAUCUACAGUCUCAGCGCUUUUCGGCAUAAACAUGAGAUUCCAAAACAUCUUGAGAAAGUACCUAAAGAAAAGGAUCCCUCAUUCUCGCAAAUGAUUGAGUACUAUUACCAUGCAGCUGCGCAAGUUAUGGAACCAAUGAUGAUAAAGGAAUUGGAAAAAUAUCCUUAUAUGAAGAAGGAACAACGAGAACAGCGCGUUUCUGCAAUGCUGAAAUUGAUGGGUUCGACAACAAAUCUCUUGGAAGUUACCUUCCCCAUAAUUAGAGGCGAUGGCCGCUACGAGCUUAUCACCGGUUAUAGGGCACAUCACACCAGGCAUCGUUUGCCGCUUAAGGGUGGCAUACGUUACGCCAUGGACGUGGACGCUGAUGAGAUUCGUGCUUUAGCAUAUCUCAUGGCAUUCAAGACUGCUUGUGUGAAUGUACCCUUCGGCGGCUCGAAGGGUGGCAUUCGGAUUGACCCAAAGAAGUAUACGGCACAGGAAUUGCAAACGAUUACCCGACGCUAUACGAUGGAGCUAUUAAGGCGUAACAUGAUCGGACCGGGUAUAGAUGUGCCUGCACCGGAUGUGAAUACGGGUGAACGAGAGAUGAGUUGGUUGGUUGAUCAGUAUGUUAAAACAUUUGGUUACAACGAUGUCAAUGCCUUGGCCAUCACAACCGGUAAGCCGGUGGCUAUAGGCGGCAUAAAUGGUCGUACUGCCGCAACUGGUCGCGGUCUCUUUAAAGCAGCUGAAUGCUUUCUCAAUGAUAAGGAUUGGAUGGAUUUAUUGGGUUGGAAGACUGGUUGGAAAGACAAGACUGUCAUUGUACAGGGCUUUGGUAAUGUUGGCUCCCACGCAUCCCUCUUUGUGGUUGAAGCUGGUGCCAAAUUGAUUGGUGUACAAGAAAUUGAUGUCUCACUUGUGAAUGAGAAUGGCAUAGAUCCUAAGGAUUUAAUGGAUUAUUAUACCAAGAAUAAGAAAUCCGUGAAGGGCUAUACGAAAGCAAAGGAAAAAAGUGGCAGUCUAUUGGGUGAAAAGUGCGACAUUUUAAUGCCCUGCGCCACACAGAAGGUGCUUACGGCGGAAAAUGCUGGCAGCGUACAAGCAAAAAUGAUUUUAGAAGGCGCCAAUGGUCCCUCAACACCAGCUGCCGAUGAAAUAUUGCGCAAAAAGAAUGUACUCAUUGUACCGGAUAUGUAUUGCAACGCUGGAGGUGUAACGGUAUCUUAUUUUGAGUACUUGAAAAAUAUCAAUCAUGUGUCUUAUGGCAAAAUGCAUGUUAAACGUGAACAAGCAAUGAUCAAUGAGAUCUUUAACUCGCUCAAUAGCGCGGAUAAAGGAAAAGAUAAGUUUAAGCCGAAUGUAGAUCUGGAGCGCAUAAGAGAUUGCACCAGAGAGGCGGACAUUGUGGAUGCGGGACUGCAAACGGUUAUGGAGACUGCAGCGGAGGGCAUCAAACAGGUAGCGAACGAAUUUGCUCUUUGCAAUGAUCUACGCACAGCAGCUUUCAUUUAUUCAAUUUUGAAAAUUUUCCGCGCCCUAGAAGUUACUGGCAUUUCUCAGCAGUAAUUAAAAAAGCUUGUUUUCAAUCUACACUAAUUUUUCUUGCUCAUUUCGGUGCUUGUAUUAAAAGCUCGCUCAGUUCGCAAGCGUAGCUGUUAAUAUAUUUUUUUAUAGAUUAUUAUGUAACAAAAGUUCAACAUCUUGUCCACACGCUAAAUACUUUUUUCUUAAUAAAAUAAUAUAGAAAUGAAA